GAGUGCGGGAGCGAUUCAGUCAGUCAGUCAUUUCAUUUGUAUUGUAAUGGCGAAGCGAUCUGUCGGUGCGGAUGAGAAAGUAAUUUACAUUGAAGAACCGAAAUUAACGUUACUGCAGUUUGUUAAAAUAUAGAUAAAUUGAAACUGCCUCGUAUUCCGGCAUCGUAAAGUGUCACGUGUACAUAAAAAUCAAAGUAUUUACAAGUUACGAACGGCUGUGAAUAGCAAUGAACAUUUUCUUGCAUAUGUGCAGUGAAUAAAGAAUUACAAUCCUCACGGUUGUUCGUGGUGCAUAAGUUUACCGGGCGUGGAUCAGCUGUCAUGUAUUUAAUUGAGUUUUUUCGUCUAAACGUUCUGUGUUGUCAUAAAUCAUAACCUCAAUCGAGUCUCUUUGUGAAUACGUCGAACUGUACUCAACGCCUGGUGCGACAUCUAAUACGCAAGUUCAAUUUAUUAAUCAUAUAUGAUUCAACGGGAGUAUCAAAUGAACAACGGGUUUAGUACAGGAGAAGAAGAUUCUAGAGGUAAUUCAGACCAAAUAUGUUGCCUUGUGGAUGACGGUGAUCGGUGCAGACGGUCAGCGGGCAACGCUUCGUACAGCAAGCGCAUACAGAAGACUGUCGCACUCAGGAGGCUCAAACUUAAUAUCGACGGUCAGGCUAGGCACACAUACAUCUGUGACUUCCAUAAGGCGAUGAUACAGUGUGCUAGGACGAAACAGAGAAGGCCUAAAGACUCUGAGGAUGAUAGCAAUGAAGCUGAGAUGGACUCCCUGAUGGAUUGGUUUCAGCUGCAGGUGAACACCCUGAGGAGGUACAAGAGGCAUUACAAGGUGUCCACCAGGCCAGGACUGAACAAGGCUCAAUUAGCUGAUGCUAUCCAGAAACACUUCAAGUCAUUGCCAGUCAAUGAGAAAGAGAUCAUGACUUACUUCAUCUAUAUGGUGAAAACAAAUGGCAACAAAUUAGAUCAGAAGAAUGGAAUGAACUCAGACUCUGUGUAAAUAAAUUAUGUGUUUGUGACUCUCAUGUAUAGAAUAUGAAGUGUGUAGUGUCAAUAUAGCAUAAGAGAUAACUGCCAUGUUUGGUGGUGCAUUCUUUUUCAAUCUGCAUUCUACAAUGACACAAUUAUAGAUAUAUAGAUUGAGAAUCUACAUGAGUGAUUUUGAAGUAUAUUACUUCAUGCCAAAUAAAGAUAACAGAAUGCAAUGAAUUUUGAGAAUGUUGUGGACUGUAUAAAUGAUCUUUCACUUAGUUGUGCUGCAAGUGUCCCUUAGUUUUGACGGAGUACUAUUUAUUUCCUCUUAGACUAAGUAGAGAUUUUUUGUUGUAUAAAAAUGCAGUGUCAAGAUAUAAUGAUUGUUAUUUGAUGAGGGAUAUGCAAUGCUAAUAUAAUAUUGUUAAGGGAGAUUAUAAUAACAGCAAAUUGAAAUGUAAAUUUAUUACAUUUUAUUUAACAGAU